GGCCGCACACGGUUCGGCCCGAUACAGUCGUGGAGGGAGUGCGAAAUCACGCUGACGCUGUGAGUGGCGCGCAUCACGUCGUCGUGCUUGAAGCGCUGGAACGUGCCGAUCGAACGUGUCAUCGAGGACGCGAGUGAACGCCGGCUGAAGAAAAAGGGAAAAGUUAUCCCGCGGAGGGGUGAGAAAGUUACCGAAGGUCUUCCGAGGGGGUGGAAAAAGAAUCGGCAGCGAGAGAAACUUGAGGGAGUAGCGCGAAAAAGGAAAACAAACGGGAAAGGAGUCGACGCGACGAGGGGGAAAAAGUCGCGGAAGAAGCGGAAGAACGGCGGAAGAAGCGAACGAACGUGCGGAUCGCGGACAGAGGAGGGAAAAGAGAAAGGAUAUCGGAGCGGUACCGAAACGCGCGCGGCGCUGGCCACCGCUGACAGAUCGACGAUGUGAUUCCCCGGCGAGGAGUCGCCGCGCGAUAGUCUCGAUUUCCGCGAUCGCGAUUCAUCGGCCGGUCCAGCGCAGCAGCCACCUCCUACGCCGUAUGUCGCGCGCGACGCGCCGCGGAAUCGUCGACCUUAGCGCUCGCGCGCGAUCCGCGUCCGGACGACCGGUCGUCCCUCGUACUCCGCCGGAAGGUACGCCUUGAGAGCAAGGAGGAUGCGCGGAAAUCGCGCGCGCGAUAAUCGGCAGACGCGCCGUCCGGAUCCCGGACUCGACUAAGACCACCUCGGAGGAGGCACGGGGUGAAUCCGCUCCGUUGGAUCAGUGUGCGUUCAGACAGUGCGGGUGGAUGUACGACGACGACGACGACGACGACGUCGUUCCCUGGUGAUCGGUGUUGCUAUGAUCGUGCCGCGUUGGUCCCGUCACGUGGAACGAUCAUGAUUUACUUUAGGCCGCACGACGGUAGGAGUCUACGGUUCAACGCGAACGCGAGACACUUGAACGUGCUCGUCGUGCCGCUCUUUCCGCUCUGGAUUAUCGGCGCGUUCUGCGUGAAGGACAUACCCAUAUCACACAUCGUGGCACUGGUCGGAGAUUCCACCUAUCUUCCCUGCGACAUAUCAACCACUCACGAGGGGGACUUCGUGCAUCUUGUGCUCUGGUAUCGCGAGGAUCUCGGUACAUCAGUUUACAGCAUCGACGCCAGAAACCGAGAGUUCGGUAUCGCCGAAAGAUGGUCGGACGACAGCGUGUUCUCGCAUCGCGCCUAUUUCAUGCUGGACAAGCAGCCGGCGCAGCUGGGCGUCGAGAACACGAGAGAAGAGGACGCCGGUAUCUACAGGUGCCGCGUCGACUUUCAAAUCGGCCAGACGAGAAACUCCAAAGUCAAUUUAACCGUAAUCGUGCCGCCGCGCAAGAUCACGAUCGUCGACGAGAACGAGAACGGACGGGGCACGACGGUCGGGCCGUACAUGGAGGGCGACAACCUGCGGCUCUUCUGCGACGUCCAUGGCGGUAAACCGGCCCCGAUGGUGUCCUGGUAUCGCAACGACCGAUUCGUCACCAACCGGACCACGACGCCGAGCAGCGCCGUGACGCGCAGCGAGAUCGUUAUACAGAACUUGAGCCGGGACGACGUCCACUCGGUGCUGACCUGCAACGCCACGAAUAACAAUAGGUCGAUUCCGCUAUCGUCGUCGGUCCGCGUGGACAUGAAUUUCAAACCGUUGGAGGUGAAAAUAAUUGACGGAAACCGACCGCUGUCGGCGGGCAAGAAGUACGACUUGGUCUGCACAACUUCCGGUUCCAGGCCACCGGCCGGUGUCACCUGGUGGAGGAACGGUCAGCGCUUAGUGGAUUCCAAGGAGACCAUCUCCGUCGAUGGGAACACGACCACCAGCGUUUUAUCUUUCAUGGCGACGAAAGCAGACGCAGGCAGACACUUGUUGUGUCAAGCUGAAAAUCGAAUCAUGGGAACCACGCCGAUAGACGACGGCUGGAUACUCCAGAUACAAUACACGCCGGAGACGCAGAUCCAGCUCGGCACGUCGCUGAAUCCGAACACCAUACGCGAGGGCACGGACGUCUACUUCGACUGUCUCAUACAGGCCGAGCCGACGGUGUACAAGGUGGAAUGGCGACACCAGGGCAAGGCACUCCAUCACAACAUCACGCAGGGUAUCAUAAUCAGCAACCAGAGCCUGGUGCUGCAGGGGGUUGAUCGCAAAAGCGCCGGCAAUUACACGUGCGUGGGAUACAAUACCGAGGGCGAUGGCGAGAGCUCGCCCUUUUAUCUGAACGUGAUGUUCGCCCCCACGUGCAAGCCGAAUCAGACCAAGGUCCACGGCGUGGCGAAACAGGAGAAGGCGAAUAUAUCCUGCCAAGUGGAUGCAAAUCCACCGGAAGUGCAAUUCAAGUGGACCUUCAAUAACUCCGCCGAGAGUAUCGACGUUGCGGCCGGGCAUAUCGCGCGGGCAGGCACAUCCUCCAUCGUCUCGUACACACCAAUGACGGAAUUAGAUUACGGCACGUUACUCUGCUGGGCCAGCAAUCACAUCGGGCAACAACAAGUGCCCUGUGUAUAUCACAUUAUACCGGCGGGCCGACCAGACAUGGUUCACAAUUGCACGACCUCGAACACGUCGACCAACUCGUUUUCCGUGCGGUGCACGGAGGGCUUUAACGGCGGCCUACCGCAGUCCUUUCUGCUGGAGGUGCGCGAGAGCAACAGCCAGGAGUUGCGUGUCAAUCUGACGUCGCCGGUGCCGCGCUUCAACGUCACUCACCUGGAGUCCGGCGCUCUUUAUCAGGCCUGCAUUUACGCCUACAACGACAAGGGCCGCAGCGAGGCGAUGGUGGUGCAGGCCGGCACCCUGAGGCUGCCGGAGAAACAGCUGACGUCCGAGUCGGAACGACCAAGACAGCAUGACAAUCUAACGCCGAUGCUGAGCGUGACGAUAGGCGUUGUGAUGGCCCUCAUUAUCGUCGCGGUCAUAGUGAUGGUCGUCCUACGGAUCCAGCACACGCACGUGGAGGAGCAGAACAAGUCGCAGAUGGAGGAUCACGCGAAGCAGACGAAGGCCGUCCCCAUACAAAGGGAACUGCGAUUCCGGGAGGGGUGCAGCUUGCUCGCGGACGAGAAGCAUCCCAGCAGCCCGUUCAGGAAGCUGGACACCAGCGGCGAUCUCAGCGAAAGCGACGAGAAGAAUCCUGACAUUAUUCCACAGCAGAUCACUGGUGACGAACCGUCGGAAUACUUGAGGAAGAGACGUCUGGUAUCAACGAUCGAGACGUCACCAUCAAGGAGCCUUCUGGAGCACUCGACGGUGACUUCCAUCAGCGGGCACAGCAGUUACGUCGGCUACUGCACGAUCCGUAACGGCAUGCCGCUGCACGAGUUCUCCAACUUGUCAACAAAGCACAAAAGCUUUCAGCCGAUGGUGGGCGAUGUCUAUGAGAGUGGCGUUUGCACCCUGCCCAGGCAACACUGGCCCAGCCAGAGCGUCCAAUCGAUGUCGAUGACAAUGAGUCCUCCGAUGUUGUACGCCGGUCUGGGCGUUGUCACCAGAACUUGUCCGAGCGGUACACUGCCGACGAAGGAUUGCGAGACACGAGUGCCCGGCCAGUGUUGUCCAGCGGUCCAGACGCAGAAGGACGCGACGAUAGGCACGCCGGUGGUGAUGGCCAAAAGGGAGAGCUCCGUGUGACCCUACACCCACCACGGGGCCUGCACCUGCAGCGUGAGCGAGCUGCUGUGAAUCACGCCGUAGUGAAUCGCGAGAUAGCCGCGGAUCCCGGACUACACGAGCGUCCAGGAAACGUUUAGGAGACGUCCACAGAGCGUCUGUUAGGAAGACGAAAGACGUUUGGACAAUUAUCGUUAUCUAGAUCUGAAGAUUACGAUGUCUCCCUUCGGACAUAUUCGUAGAGGGACGAUUCCUUCUGCCAAACUGAAACGUUCCUGCGACGCCUGUGCCGUCCGAGACGCUUUGAGCGUGCGAGCCGGUUCGAGUUCGACGGGUUUACGUUUCUACCCCAUGACAAGCGUCACGAUUUGCGUCUCUCUGUUAAAUCAAGUGCCCUUUUUACACUGAAAAACGACGAACAUCCCCGACCCGGCUGCUCUGCCGGCUUCUCUCAUCUCGUGCGUAGCCUCGUGACCGAGCCCCGGUGGUACCACACCACCGGAACACCUCGUGUGGUAGAGAGUGAAUUUACGAAAAUGUGCGUGCGCGAGAUCGCGAGCUCGUCGCGCAUACACCUGUACAUACCUCGAGACGCGGAAGAUAUUUUGUACGAGUCGCGUAUAUUAACGAUUUAUUCCCACUUUUACUAUGAACACAACACUGUACAAUUUGUCUAGUCGAUGUAAGUAUAAAUAUGUAUAUGCGUUAAAGUCGUCGGGGAGGCGCCAGACCAGAAUAACGUACACUGAGGGGGAUGGUCAUCACCGUCGCGUCACGUCGCGCGCGCGGCGUAAUUAUUUAUAACGUUGACAACGCGUAAACGCGUAGUAGCGGGACUCUCGCGGGUACGGGAGAGAGAACGGGAGGCGAAGUUGUCAGAGACAUAUCGUUUGUAUCUCCAUCCGCGGGAAUCGAGCGCGAGGCGUACAUAGAGCGGCGGAGUAAAUGAGACGAAAGAAGAAGAGAGAAAGAGAGAGAGAAAAGAAUUCCCGUCGCGCUUUCAUCUCAGUCUGCAGGAUUCUGGAUUUCACUGUAAUAUUAAGUAUCUCUUGUACAAUGUAUAAAGUAACGACUUCCUUCGAAGUAAAUGUACCGAGUAUGAUGAACGUUGUUUUUUCAAAGUCUUGAAUCUUACUCUAUAUAGGGAGAGGACGCCCCCGAUUUACGCCCUAAAAAAAGAUGUGGUACAGUAAUUGCGAUAGCACUUUUAACUUACUGCCUGUUUCGACGCUUGUGAAUCUCGUUGGUACUUCGUUCGGCGGAGGUUCCCGACCUCUCUGUAUCAUAUAGCUUUAAAAUGAGAAAAAAAA